GGCCUCAGCUCCCGUUGCUGCGCGGCCCCCGGCUAGAGCCCUGCCCGUGCCCUGCCCGGCUGCGGGAAAUCCUGCCCCGCGCUGUGGCCAUUGAAAUAACUCCGGGAAGCGGUUCCCUUCCAUCACUGGCCUCUGUCUGACGUUGGUUACGGUUCAUGCCGCCUGCCGGUUCCCUGAUACCGAAUGGCGUGUUAUUUAUACCUAGCACGAGACUCUGUGGUGGCUACAGGAAAGCGAUGCAACCUUCCCUGGCAGGUGCUAGUGUCAGAGGCUUAUGCCAGAUUUUCUGGUGCUCCAGUGAAAGUGAAUGCUAUUGAUAACUCAUGGAGAGCUCCAAAAGGAGAUGUGCCAGUGUUGAUAUCAGAAGACACAGUUAUUGCUCAGCCAGCAAAAAUACUAAACUUCUUAAGAAAACAGAAGUACAAUGCUGAUUAUGAACUAUCUGCAAAACAAGGAGCUGACACACUGGCAUACAUUGCACUGCUUGAAGAAAAACUGCUUCCUGCUGUGCUGCACACGUUCUGGGUCGAGGCAGAAAAUUACUGUACUGUGACAAAGCCGUGGUUUGCUUCAAGGAUUCCAUUUCCAUUGAGUUUGUAUCUACCUGGGAAGAUGUCCAGGGAAGCACUUAACAGGAUCCUGCUGACGAGGGGAGAGCCUCCACUAUACAGUUUGAGUGAAGUAGAAGCACGGAUAUACAGAGAUGCCAAGGAGUGCCUAAAUCUUCUAUCAAACAGAUUGGGAACAUCUCAGUUUUUCUUUGGAAAUAUGCCUACAACCUUAGAUGCCUUUGUAUUUGGUUUUCUCGCACCUCUUUAUAAAGUGCACUUCCCUAGAGUCCAAUUACAAGAGCACUUGAAACAGCUUUCCAACCUGUGUCGCUUCUGUGAUGACAUCCUGAGUGGCUACUUUAGACUUAACGUUACAGGCUUCUCUCCAUCUGGACAGGAUACGGUAGAUGCAAAUCUACAGAAACUCACACAGCUUGUAAAUAAGGAAUCCAACUUGAUUGAAAAGAUGGAUGACAACCUUCGUAAGAGUCCUCAACAUCCCCCUCGGAAGUUGACAACACUCAAACUUAGUGCAGCAGGAGAUGAAAGCAGUUCAUUGAAUCGCUUGUCGCCCUGACAGCCUGUGUUGCCAUGUACGUGUGUUUGCCUUCAAGUAAUCUGAACUUCACAGUAAUUCUUUACAUAAAUGUGGUCUGACAAGGGGAUGAAUCACUAAAUAUGGUAUAAAACCAAUAAAACAUCCCAUGCUGUCUAUUCCUAUAGUCCAGUGAACUAACACUAAGUUAAACAAUGUACUGUAUGAAAUUGCCUUAACUUCUGGAGAUUUCUGCCUUUUAGGCUAGCACAUUUGUCGACUAAGAUUUCAUUUUACUUUUAAGAUUUUUGGUUUUACUGUAACCAUGUUAGAGGUUGACCAGGUUGCUAUACACUAGUGUAGCUACUUAAUCAUCACUUCUAGCAGUUUUCUAGAUUUUAGCAGAUUACCAAAUUCAGUUCUAAAAUGGGUAGGCAAUGAAAGAUUAUCUUUGAUGGCAGACAAGAACUGAAAGUAAUGAGGGGUGUUGGCCAUUUGUUAAUGUGCUUUCACAAAUAAUGUAUUGUGUAUGUCUUAUAUUUUAAGAGUAUGUAUCUUUUAAAAGUCACAUUGCACUGCUAGGAGGCACAGUGACCAAAUGUACUAGAACAUCACCUCUGAACCUUUAUUGAGAUCUGGCCUUAGUCAAACAAGUUUCAUCAGCCUACUGGAUAGCCAUGCUACAAAAUCACAGCACAAACUAUAGUAUAAAAAGAUUGGCAGUGUUGGUUCAACAAAGGCAAAAGACCAGACUAGCUGGUCUGGACUGAAGUGCAUUGGUUAGGGUUGUGUGAAGAAGCUUGCACAGGCCUUUUUACUUUAUACUGCCGGCCAGUCUCUAACAAGUCAUCAGUGUCUCACUUUUAUAAGCACUAUAAUUCACCCAAAAACUAAAACAAAAGCCAUCUAAUCUUAUUCCUUGAUCAAGUCCUUGAGAGCGUCAUACUGCAGAUUCUUCAUUGAAUUGUUAAAAGAGAUGCACAUGUAAUUAUGUUUCCUCUUAGCAGCACUGUCAGUUCUAGAAAUCCAGAUAAUUCUGAAAUGUUAUGUUGACAGAUGCUUUAUUAAUGAUAUCAUCAGAUUACUAAAAAUGCUCAGCCAAAAUGGGAGCUGCUUUUCGUCAAGUGUUAAUUCAAGAUUUCAUCUUAGAUAGAGAUGAUGCAGACGGGUAUAUGUGCAAGAUUACUGCUAACUUUAUUUGCCAAGUCAAACUAAGAAAUCUCUUGACAUUUUUCCUCUCAACUAUUUCCAAUGUUCAAUAUAUGUAGAUAAACUAUUUAUACAGACAAGACUGUGGGUUGUGUAAAUACUGUACUUUAUUUGAUCAGCAAGGAAUGUAAUCUUAACUUUAACAUAUCUUGUUAUUUAUAAAUAAAAUGUUGGGUCUCCAGUGGACACGUGGAAAUAACUUUGUUACAUGCUACUUCUAGAAUGUUUUAGCAAUUUGAGACAUACUGAAACCACACACAAUAAUUGAAUAAAAUAACUUUCAUGUACAUCCCUAGGGUUGAAUUUUUUUUUAUUGUCUGCAUCUUGAUGAGAUUUAGAAUGAGAUCAUGUUGCAUAAUUUCUCCAAAGUUCUUUCAUAAUCUAACAAAUGUAAUUGUGAAGAAAAGUAUAACUUGAUUAGUCUGUUUUGUGAAUAUGCAUGUUUUCCCUUUAAAACUUUAUUUUGUAAAAUAGUUGAUCUCUUGCUUUGAGAUUAAAGGGGUUUUUGAAGCACUUCUUAUUCAGAACUAAAAGUUUGUGUUUGAGGUAAAGUUUCCUAUGGAAGGGUUUGCAUAUGAUCUAUGAAACACUUCUACAGAGUAAUGAAAGGGAAGCUUAACUGGCAGUUGGUAGAACAAGAGGGAUCACGAUAGGUGGAUUUGUAUAUUACGUCAUAGAUUUUGUUUAAAUUUAAAUUAUAAGCUUUUUUGAAUAAUUUAUUUUUUUUAUAUUAAAUAUAUAUAUAUUAUCAAGACUCCUCCAAUCUGAUUAAAUCUGAGUACUCUUAUUGUUAGAACCCCUUUGGCCAGACUGCAAUCAAGCCCCAUUUAGUCUUAAUUUAACAAUUAGUUAAUAUUAAUAUUAAGGGUUUGUAUUUAGUGACUACUCAUUCCAGUCAGUGGCCAAUUGUUGUUAAAUCUUUUGUGCAGACCAAUAUUUAAACAAUGUAACUCAAAUGUAAAAAUAAACUUUAUGUGGAAAUCUUAA